AUGGGAGGUGGCUGGUGGUGGGCUCGAGCCGCCCGCCUGGCUCGACUCCGCUUCGCGGGGGCGCUGCUGCCGCCAUCGCGGCCCCGGAGCGGGGGUUCCCGGGGGUCUUUUGCCCCCGGACACGGCCUCCGCCCCGGGGCCGUGCCGCCCCCAGUGUCCGAGCUGGACCGCGCGGACGCCUGGCUCCUCCGGAAGGCGCAUGAGACAGCUUUCCUUUCCUGGUUCCGGAAUGGCCUCCUGGCCUCGGGCAUUGGGGUCAUCUCCUUCAUGCAGAGUGACAUGGGUCGGGAAGCAGCCUAUGGCUUCUUCCUGCUGGGCGGCCUGUGCGUGGUUUGGGGCGGUGCCUCCUAUGCUGUGGGCCUGGCCUCGCUGCGGGGGCCCAUGCAGCUCUCGCUGGGGGGCGCGGCUGCGGGGGUCGGCGCCGUGCUGGCGGCCAGCCUGCUCUGGGCCUGCGCGGUUGGACUCUACAUGGGCCAGCUCGAGCUGGACGUGGAACUGGUGCCCGAGGACGACGGGACAUCCACCGCCGAAGGCCCCGACGAGGCGGGACGGCCGCCACCAGAGUGA